AACCAGUAGCUCCCUAAAACUAGCUACCGUUUCAACUUAUUUUAUCCUAUUUUUGCACUCGUGAUUCCUUCUAUAUAAACACCCUUUGCUUUCUUCCUGAUCCCACCAUUAAUUCAUUACACAUCCCCUUGUGAUACUAUAUUCUUCACGUGAAAUUUUUAUAUCCAGAUAGAAAAUUAUAAGCAGUAAAGUAAAGAAUGUCUCCGGCAAUUGCAUUAAUGUCGAGGGCGAGGAACGAUGAUCCGUCGGAAAAUUUGUACGAGAAAGGUGUCAAAAACAUGUACGAGAAUGGAAUCGAGCAUGUUCCUCGCAAGUACGUACUGCCCGCUUCGGAGCGCCCGAAUGUUGUAAUAAGCGACAGCCCUGAUGACCUCGUCGGUCUUCACCUUCCCGUCAUCGAUUUUGCUCAGUUGCAAGGCCCCGACCGCUCCCAGGCCCUUCAGUCCCUCGCACACGCCUGCGAAAACUUCGGCUUUUUUCAGCUUGUGAAUCAUGGUAUAGCGGAGGAGGUGACGGAGAAGAUGGUGAAUGUGGGGAAGAGGUUCUUCGAGAUGGCGUUGUCGGAGAGAGAGAAGUACAUGACGGGCGAUAUAAAGGCGGCGGUGCGGUACGGGACGAGCUUCAAUCAGAAUCAGGACGGCGUGUUUUGUUGGAGGGACUUUCUGAAGCUCAACUGUCACCCUCUGCCCCAACACCUGCCUCAUUGGCCGUCUUCCCCUCUGCACUUCAGGCAGUCAGCGGCAUGUUAUGCAGAGGAAACAAGAGCGUUGUUCGUAAUGGUGGUGGAGGCCAUCCUAGAAAGCCUAGGGCUAAACAACAAAACAGAAAAAGAAUCAAUUUUGAAAGAAAUGGAAGAUGCAAGCCAGCUAAUGGUGGUGAACUGCUACCCGCCAUGCCCGCAGCCUGAUUUGACAGUGGGAAUGCCACCUCACUCCGAUUACGGUUUCCUCACGCUCCUACUCCAGGAUGACGUGGAAGGCCUGCAGAUUCUACACAAACAUCGUUGGCUCACCGUUCGUCCCAUCCCCGGAUCCUUCGUUGUCAAUGUGGGCGACCACCUCGAGAUAUUCAGCAAUGGGCAGUACAAGAGCGUGUUGCAUAGAGUGUUGGUGAAUUCGAUGAAUUGUAGGGUUUCAGUGGCUUCUUUACUUAGUUUCCCGUUCACGACGACAGUAAGACCGGCGGCCAAGCUGAUUACAGAGACCAAUCCGAGGCGGUAUAAAGACACUGAUUUUGCUACUUUCCUAGAGUAUAUCAAAUCUUGUGACUCCAAGAACAAAAGUUUCCUUCAGUCCAGGAGAUUUGAGUUAAACGAUGAGUCUAGCUAGGGUAAAAGAAUUAAAUUAAAGGACAUAGACACCGUUUUUGUUGUUUUGACUUUUGUAGCACCAAUUAUAUAAAAAUUAUUAGCUGGUGGUGUAACAAGUGCCCGCGACGGUUGACGUGCAACAUCUAUAUUAUAGAGUGGAGAAUUAUCAUGUAAAAUAAUAAUUUAUGUUUUUCCAUUAAAAUCAUCUUUUUAUUUCUAAAGGAUUUCA